AACACACAUCAAACACGAUCUGUGUAGUCUCAUGAAAACCGUCUACCAUUGACCCAACACCCCCGACAUUCACGAGUCGUUUCAGGUGAGAGAUCAAGAGGCGGAAGAGCUUUGAAGCUUGAGUAUCCGACAACGCCGAGAACGAAAGACCAGACAAAAAAAAACAACAAAGACUGAAGCGAAAAGAAGAAACCAAAGCCGAGAAAAGUGAUACUGACUGAGCUACCACCUUCCGGAAGCAGGAGCCGGCGAUGACGGUGCUAACAGAACCACCGUCUCCCAGAAACAAAGACCGGCGGUCGUAGAGCUGAGAGAGCCUCUACUCCCCGGAGACUAACACUGAACUCGCGAGCCGUCUGCCGCUUCGAUUAACCGUUCUUCACCCCUCAUCCCGGAUCCAGAGAAAACAGCAUCGCCGCCGUCUGGAGCACCGAACGAGCCGAGCCCUUCUUGGCGUAAUACCCUAGCCCAGAGCCGUCUGCAUGUCGGGGGAAUCGGUAGAUCGAAGCCCACAGCGGAAAUCCUUAACUUGACCGGAAGAAAAUGAGCCACCGACGUCGGCACGCGCGCGGACGCGCCACCGGACGUCGGUGACUCCGACGCUUUUCUCUCUCUUUUCUCUCUGUGAGCUAUGUUUUUUGUAAUUGUAUUGGGCUUUAUUAGAAAACUAUUUUUUUAAAAAAAAUUCGUUACAAAUAACAUAAAUAACUCAUAAUAGAGGGACCAGAAAAACAAUAAUCAAAACAAAAAAAUCAUUAUUCGCCGCUGUGUUGAGACUUAUCUCUUCGCCCUUACUUCCGAUCAAAAACUCCCGGUGUGUCUACUACCGGAACCGGAGAUUGUUCUUCGGAGUUAGGGCAAAAUAGAGAGUGAACCCUUAAGUACUUGUGAAGCAAUCUGAUAAUAACCUAAUUGGAUCUUUGUGUAAAGGUCGUAGCUUUAAGGGGAGCUGAUAGUUGUGUUACUGCGAAUCAACAACGUUGAACCUCCCCCCAAUAUUGGAGCUGAAGAAGUCAUGGAAGAGUCUUCCCAGGGGAGUUUUGUUACAACCGUAAACGAAGAUUAUGAAUCAAUCUGCUGGGGCUGUGGACUGAACCUUGUUCUUCCAUCAUACGCACCUGUUUUCAAGUGUGGCUGGUGUGGUGCAAUCACGAAUCAUAAUCCUGUCAGACCUGAAACCAGAAGCUUUGGGCUGAGACGUAUCCGCGACCGAUGUUUCGUCGUGAUUCUUGCUGUUUUCAUGCUCUUUGUCAUAUGUGGUGGGAUUUGGGCAGCUUAUCCGGUCGUGUUUUCGAUCAGCUUGGCUUGCGGGAUUCUCCAUUCUGUUACAGCAGUGUCUCUGGCGAUAUCAACGUUAACAACAUUCAUGGUUGUUGCUUUUAAAUGCGCGGGGAAACCAAUUGAUAUUGUUUAUGGAACUCACCCUGGAGUAGGGAACGGCGCACUCAACAACUAUACCUUUUGUCACACCUGCUCCAAACCAAAGUCACCUAGAACCCAUCACUGUCGCACGUGUGGCAUGUGCGUCCUCGACAUGGAUCAUCAUUGCCCCUUUAUUGGUAACUGUGUUGGUGCGGGCAAUCACAAAAACUUCGUCGCCUUCCUUAUCUCGGCCAUUAUAAGCACAAGCUACGCUUCUGUUAUGUGUGUGUACUCCCUGAUUCACAUCUUGCCACCACUAGAAAACGGAGCAGCGUAUGCAUCGUCACAUGCUAGUAAUAGUGUAUCGAUUCUGAGAGGAGUGAAGAGUAUCGUGCUUGCUUACUUAUCCAACGCUGUCUUCAUCUCUGUACGAGGCCUUGUUCUAUUAUACCUCUUUGUGGCGAGUGUCUCCGUGGCCAUUGGUUUAAGUGUUUUGCUAUGGCAGCAGCUUAGCUAUAUCUAUGAAGGAAAGACUUACUUGAACCAUUUGAGUUCUCAAGGAAGCGAGGAAGAUGGUGAAAAGAGCUUUGGGAAUCUUUUGACGUUUUUUGGAUGUCCACUUUUGAUUGAGAGGCACUUGCCAACUAUAAGGAACUUGAGGAAGAGACAUAAGACAUGAGAAGAAUGGUGAGUCAAUAUUCUCUGUUAUGUUUCCUCCUGCAACAUCUGGAGCUUGUUUUGGGUCAUUCAGAAUCAUUAAUCAUAGUUGGAGCUAACUGGUUAUGAAGAUGAGCAAAGCUUGUAUCUUGUUUGUGAAAACUAAUAUUCAUAGAAUAUAGUAAAUUUUGUUUCCA